AUGUAUGAAUUUUCAGCGUCGCAGUUCUUCAUGCUGUCUAAAGGCAGUAAUUAUAAUUUUGAAGGGUUGGAAUCACUGAAAUGGUCUGUGAAAUUUGAUAUCUGUGCGAGUGUUUUUGAUAAAGAAAUGUGGGCAGAACAAAAGAGACAGCAAAGUAACACGACGUGGCACGGCUCGCCGCUGUCGGGGGUGCAAAGUCCCAAGGGCACCCCCGAACGACUGAAGGGCACCACCCAAGACCUUUUCGAGCUGCUCGAGAAGGCCCAAAGAUCCAGAAUCGACGACCAAAGAUCGGACAAGUCGCUUUCAUGA